GAUUGCAUCAGAACCAUCUAUAAUCUUUGCCUAAUCAUAACCGUCCAUAAUCUUCCGUGUUGUUUGAGGGUUUGGCGAAAGCUUCAAAAUACUGGAAAUCAGAUUGUUGCUAUAACCAAGACCCUCUCCAACAUGUCAAAAGCUUCCUUCUAUGAGCAGGUGGGAAUUUCAGUGAAGAGCUCCUUUGAAGAUGAAAAACAAGUGCUCAGUAACCAGGAAUCCAUCUCCCACAUGAAACCAGAGCAGGCAGUAGAAUGUGUUAUGUACAAAGCUGGCACUUGCGGGCAUUGUGGAGACAAAGCAGAUGGGACAGACUGUUUGGUUUGUGAUUCAUGUGAGGAGAUGUAUCAUCUGUCCUGUAUUGAGCCUGCUGUGAAAGAAAUACCCCGGAAAAGCUGGUUCUGUGCCACUUGUGCUGCUAGUGGAAUUGGAUGUUGGCAUGAGAAUUGUGUGGUGUGUGAACUGUUGAAUGUCCCAAAGACCCUAGGUGACAUUGUUGGCAAGGAAAGCAUCCCUACAAAUGAGGAAACACUGUAUGAAUUGGAAGAGAAUUCAAAUUGUACUUAUGAUGGUGUUCAAGUUUCCAAAGGUGGGAGAAACUUGUAUGACUGCAAAAUUUGUAAAAUGGUGGUGGAUGAUGAAAAAAUGAAAAUCUGUGGUCACUCGUUUUGCCCCACUAAAUACUACCAUGUAAGGUGUUUGUCAAUUAAGCAGCUUAAGUCAUAUGGUCGCUGUUGGUAUUGCCCUUCAUGCAUAUGCCAAGUUUGCUUCACUGACAAAGAUGAUGAUAAGGUUGUACUCUGUGAUGGCUGUGAUCAUGCAUACCAUAUCUACUGUAUGAAACCUUCACGAAAAUCUAUUCCAAGAGGGAAAUGGUUCUGCUUGAAAUGUGAUGCAGGGAUGGAAGCAAUUCGCCAGGCAAGGAAGGCAUAUGAGAGCAACAUAGGGAAAGUUGGUCAGAAUGAUUCAAAGCCAAAUGAAAAUAUUGACAAGAGAUGGAACAAAAAGCGAGGAAGGGAAUCAGACAAAGUUGGAGGAAUGGACAUGCUUAUAACUGCAGCAAAUACUCUGAAUUCUGAAGAGGACAUAAAUGCAAUCAUGAUUGACUCAAAGAGAACAAUAACAUGAGGGCGUAUGUGCUAACUGCUAAUGCCUAAUGUUUUAUAUUUAUUGCAUUUGUUUUAGAUUACUGAUUUUGUUAAGUUGUAAAACUAUGGUAGAUUUUGCUGAAUUUUGGAUACAUGCCGUCAGAGAGAAAGGAUUAUAGAGGCCAAAGAACAAAAGGAUCGAUAGAAACUUUGGUAAGUGAAGUCUGAUAUGUAGCAGGUCAGAUACUGUUGUAAUAUAUGUGGUUGAUAUGAAAUUUAAUUGGCUGCUA